GGUAAAGAUACUGUUCCAAUUAAUAGUGAUAUUGUUACUCUGCCGUACCUUGCGGACAUGAACGCGAGAACGUCCUUGGACCCCUUGAAAUUCGCCGCUUAGCUUCAUUUUGUGCGCCUCCAGCGCACAAUGCUUAGCCUUGUGGAGAGUCUUGUGUCCGUAGUGGAGCACUCGCUCGUAUGGGAACCUGCUCAGCCAGUGUCAGCUGCGUUUGCACUCAUCUUACAAGCUGUUGGCGCUGGACACGGGACAUCCCGCAGCUCUGUAGUUGAUGUCCUUGCGGAGUCGGCAGCGGUGGCUAUUAUCCGCCAGUUUGCCUGCUUUCCCCAGGAUGUCGUACCCGAGGUAGUGCUUGAAGAGCUCGUGCAAUGGUCUGCUUGGGGCUCCUUACCAGCAUCCUCAUUUUGUGCAGCCGGCGGCCCUCAGCAGCGCUCACAGUUCAGCUUCCAAAGCCCCAGCGCGGGUAUCGGCGGCAGCGGCGGAAAUGCAGGCGCACAUGGGGACACCCUUCGUGGUGGCAGCGCAGCAGCAGGCGCCGGCGGUAGCUUCCACAGACGGGCUGUGAGCCUGGGCAGCGCCGGAAAUGUCGGCCAUGGGGGCCUUAUGGGCUUCGGCAUGAGUCGCGUGGUUCCGCUAGACGUCAUGGUUGUGUUUGUGGCACUGGUGGGCAGCGGCAGUUUGGAGGAGCGGGCGCAUGCGGCGUUCUGGACCCUGGACAGGGACGGCGCCGGAUACCUCACCUUGGCGCAGCUGCUCCGACUGAGCGGCCUGCUAGCAGCAGUGGCCGCCGCCGGUCGCUUACUGCUGCGCCUGCCGCCCCUGCCGCGGCCCAAACAGCCGGGUCUGCCGCCGCCUCAGCUGCAAAGAUCGGAAGGAACGGAUGGCGGAAUUGCAGGAGGUUCAGCGAGUGGCGCUGUUGGGACAGGUGACAGCGGUGACCCACGGGUCGGCCGGGCCAUGUUGGAUGCGGCACUGGAACGUGCAUUCUGGGAGCACUGCUUGCCGGGAGAUAGCCAGCGAGGGCUGCAGGCGCGGCUGACAGCUGACCGUCUCGCCCUCGUCGUACAAUCAGUCGCAACUCACCUCACCAUGGCUGUCGUACAGCACGCCACCACUGGCACAGCUCUUGCCGUACAUCCGCACGAUGCUCCUGCAUCUGCAACCAGGCAUGGCCCCCAACCACAACCACAACAGCAGCAGCCGCAGCUACGAGGUGACAGCGCUGGUGCUACGAGUGCUGCCGGUGCCGAGGGCGGCAAGGUCGCAGCAGCCAUCGGCAGCCUUCAUAGUCGCCACAGCAGUGGCGGUGCUGGCAGCAACACCGCCGCUACGUCCCAGGUGCUUGCUGGCAGCAACAGCCGCCACCAUGUAUCGCAUGGCCCCACGGCUCACGCACAUGGACAUGGCCACAUUCAAGUGCAUUUGAAACACCACCUCCAUGGCAACACCCACCACCACCUCCAAAACCAUUCCCAACAUCGACACCAGCGCCAGAACAGCGCUAGCGCUGCUAGCGCCGGCCCUGAGGAUUGUUGUGAGCUUCCACGGGCCUUGGGAAACAGCGGAGCCUCUGUUUUCUCCCAACAAGAACAGCAGCAGCAGGAGCAGGCCCGGCAAGAGCAGGCCCAGCCCAACAGCUCCCCCAACAACAACAACGACACGCUGCAGGAGCCCUCACUUAGCUUCGCUAUCGACCUCCCUCCCCUCCCGCAACCUCCAUCUCAUCAGCACCUGCAGCAGCCGGUGGAUGCUUUCCUCGUCCCGGCGGGUGCGAUGACUGGCAGCGCGGGUGGGGGGCCGGUCCCUAGCACAGCAUUUGCUGUCACCACUACCCCGGCCGGCUACCACUACCCCCAUGCAGGUCGUGUUCUGGAAGCCAUUCCGGGUAGCGCCGGCGGUUCCCAAGAGCAGCAGAUGCCGUCAGGAUGGUCGACCAUGGCCGGCCCCUACUCCGUCGCCUCUGCAGUCGCGACGGGUGCCUCCUGGCUGCUCUCCUGGCCUGCAGCCUUGCUGGCAAGCAGACAGCAGCCGCCGGAGCAGGAACAGCAACCACACCUCCACCCCGCAGACGGUACCCAUCAGGGGCAGGAGAAGGACGCCCUUGUGGGUCGCCCCGUGCGGGGCCCCGGCUUGCUAUGGGGUUUGGCAACCUCCGUAGGCGGUGCGCUGCUGGGUUUCGGCACGAGGCAGCCGCCUCAGCAGCCGCUGCUGCCAGGAUUACAAGAGCAGCAGCAGCAGCGGGCGCAUGUGGAGGUGGCGGUGGCGGCCGAUGCAGCAUGCGCCGCCGGUGAAGGAGGAGGGCUCGCUCCUGCUGCUGUUGCUGCUUCGGACAAAGCAAGGGACAGCAACACUGCGACAGCGCACUCGCAGCAAGGGAGCCGGACUGCCAUUGCAGCCGGUUCAGCUGCCGAGGAGAGAGCAGCUGUGUUAGGGUCUAGCAACAGUUAUGCCUUUUUCAACCCGGUUGUUGGUGCUGAGGUUGGAUUCGAGUCAGCAGCGGCACGGGCUGCAGCAGCAGAAGGCGGGGGAGGCGGCGGCAGUGGCGAGGACCAGCCGAAGGAGCAGGUCGGGGGUGCUGCUUCUGCAGCUGCUUCUGCCGAGCGGGUAUCACCUGUGUUUGGGGCAAACAGUGCGCCGGACCUUGCAAGGGGGAGCCCAGCUAGCAUCGUGGCGGGGGGCGUUACGUCGGGAGGUGCAGCAGAAGCAACGGGAGAUGGCUCUUCCAAAGGCGGUGUGGUGACCCAUGGGUCGGCGCAAGGCACCGAGGGAGGCGGGGGGGCCUCCUCCUCGGCGUUUACUCGGAGCAUAACUGGGCUGACGCAGGGGCUGAAGCGGUGGCGCAGGAUGUCGACGGCUGUGAACAUUGCGGGAGGACACGACAGCAGUAACGUAUCCGGGCAGAAUGUACGGCAAGAUGACGGACGUACGACGGGCCGCGGUAACGGUAACGGUUCCAGUGUGUCCGUUGAGCUGUCCCCUGCGCCCGAGGGGCUUAUGGACCGCGGCGGGACCAAUCGGGGCCUCAGCAGUGCCUUCAUGAUUGCCGGCCGGACCACACCCACACUCUACAGCCUCGCAGCCUCCGCCACCGCCGCCUCCGCUGUUGCUGGUGGUAAUGGUGGUGGAUAUGGAGGGGCGGCUACCGGAGGCAGCGGCGGUGACGCCAGCGGCCAGCCGCCACACCAGCAGCAGCAGCAGCCGUCGCUUCUUCAACAAUACAGUUCCAACGUAACCGGUUCCGACGACCAGCAACGGACCCUACAUGCCACCCACAACCACCUCCAUGGCUGGCAAAACCUCGAGGAAGCUGCCGCUAGGGCGGAGGCGGCGGCGAAGGCAGAAGCGGCUGCUGUAGCGUC